CCCAAUCACAUAUGAAGAUAAGGUUUCAACCCAUAAAACCAAACAUAAAUAUCACUUGUGUUGUUCUCUUCUGUUCAGUGAGUUAUCCUUUGUUAUGGCCAAAGCUUCAAAUUUGGUGUCUCCAAGGAUCUUCAAUUCAGUUUUCAAUCCAUGCCACCAAUCCAACACCAUUAGGUUGCACUCUCAGUUGAACUCUCACAAUAAUUCCAACAAUGCCAUUGCCUCUACCAAAAGAAAUGAUAACUUUCACUCUCCAUUGAUUGGCAAGAACACAAGCAGGGCGACUCGUCGCCGGCUGAUCACGAUAUCACCAGGUGACGGCAGAUAUCAUGGGGAUUGGACAAGCAACUACCAUGUAUCAUUGCAAGAACUGCAGUUACAGGAUUUGAUUGAAGAUGAUAAUGAUCAACACAAGGAUGCACAAGUAUUCAUCAAACUCAACAUCCAAAAGCAUGCUAGCUUUGGCUUAUCAGUGGAUGGAAGAGUUAUGACAUCAUUCACUAGAAAGUGUGGCACCUGUUGUUCUCCAUAUUGCCAACAGAUUGACGCAAACUUUAACGUAUGGGUUCUCAUGGCAAAUAGAGAUAACCGCAAGAUGCAACUACCCGAAAUUGGUGGUGAUCCUUCUGUGAUAUAUGUCAGACCAGGAUCUGAGGUUAAUUUGGAUUCUCUUGUACAAGAUGCUAUCAGGCUAAACUCCACAGUAAAGGAUACUUGCUCCGAGUUGUGCGAGAAAUCUGAGGGUACAAUACUAUUUUCAAGUGGACAAGGUCAGGCCUAUGUUGAUAAAAAGUGGUUUUCUAGAUUACUGGAACUGAAGAAAAAGAAAGCAAACUCAUGAUUUAGACAGCAUGGAAAUUAGAAGUUCCUUGUACAUAAUAGUCAGUUUGCAAAUAGCUUGUAUGUAUAAGUAACGACUCAUCAACAAAAUAAUAUCACACUUUUACUUAAAUUUUGCAUAUUCAUACUUCA